AUGUCCCCAGUGAAGUCGCCAGUUGUCGCAACCAAAAUCAUGACGCAGACGGACUUACUAAAAAACAGGAAGUCGUCACAAAAUAUUUUGGAGAAACUCUUCCAGCACGGGUACAUAAUAUCACGAAGAAUCUUACAAACUUUAGUAGAAAGAUCCAACAAUAGUACCAAGAGUAGUCAUCUUUCUUAUAUGCAGUCCGAUUGUUGCAAACCACCCAUUGAUUGUGGAUUUCUCUACAAGAAUGAUACAUUCUGGAUCAGAAAUUCAAAUUCAGGUCCGGUGAUGAAUGAUAUAAUUAGUAACUGCAACAAAUGGAGCAAUGACCAGACCAAGCGGUGCUAUGAUGAUAUCAAGGAGGAUUGGAUUCUUCUCGCCGUAGCUCUUGGAUUUCUCCUCCUCAUAUGGUCGUCGUCAUGCUUUAUGAUAAUAUAA